AUGAUCCUGCUGCUUUGUCUACUUUACCCUGUCUUGGUGGAACAUGCCCCAAGUCAGGAGGAAGGUGGAGAAUUCAUCUUUGAAGGAAACAUUCAGCAGGUUGCGAUGGCCUCUAGCUAUUUUUACAUCGCCACAGAGGACAAGCUUUACCAGCUGAGACACAACCUGACUCUGAUCCACAUUCUGACCCUGAGGGGUAUCCUGAAGAAUGAGGACCAGAUGGACAACGAGGAGUUCCACCGGAUCUCAGAAACAGCUUUGUCCAAUGCAACUUUUAGCAUUAACGUUUUAAUGCCAUUUAUUAGGAAUAAUACAUUGAUCAGCUGCGGUGUGACUGAUCACAACUGUGGUUACUGUGAGGUUCUGGACCUGAAGAACAUCUCCAAGGUUCUGUACAGAGAACCCAUCCAGGUGGGUCCUCUGAGGAGCAUCAGUGCUGUCAGCUUUCUGGUGGAUGUGAAGAAGGAUUCAGGUCAGACUGAGACUUUUAUCCUGACCGCCAUAGAGAAUGACAGAAAGACAGAGGAGGACAGCUGUCCCAAUGAUUUAGAGAUGAUCAACCUUCACAACACAAACUACAACCAGGAUGGGGACAUAUUUUCAUCUGGUGGAUCAAGUCCUUCCCCCAGGAUCACGGCUGAAGCUGUUGUAGGAUUUGUGGAUGGAUUUCAAAUCAACUCAACGGUGUAUCUGUUCUCCAACGUGGCAUCAGGAAAUAAACCCAAUAAAGUCCGUCUGGUCUGGCUUCAGGCUGAAACCAGUAAAUCUAAGACUCUAAAGUCUCUGCAUGGAGCGACUCUCAGGACCUCUGAUGGAGGUGAAGGCAGCAAACUCCUGGCCUCCUCGAUCAUCCCAGAUGGACAGCAGGUCCUUUGGAGCGGAGUGUUCAGUUUGGACGGAGGACCGACCAACACCGAGCUGCUACUGUUUGACAUCAGUCCUGAUGGGAAUGAUCAGACAUACACAGAUCCAGACUUCUUUUACAAACCAAAGAAGCCAGACAAGCAGUCCUGGAUGACUGAGAAUCUGCAUCAGGGUUUUACAUCUUGA